AUGAGGGAAAUGACAGAUCUUCCCAAAAAGGGUUCCACGAAGCCGAAUUUUGGACGACCACUGCGGAAUCCCGUUUUUUUUAGGGGGCAUAGCGAUGCCAAAGGCCUAGGAUCACUAAAGCGUCGAGCAGAUUUGAACAGGAAGCGUGGUGAAAUAGCCUACAGCUUACGCACAUCGGGGAACAGAGACGACGACGCACGCCCCCUGAACGUAACGGGGUGA